GGGCGGCGAUGGGCGAGGAGCAGAGCACGGUGAGCGGCGGCGGCGGGCCCUGGGAGGCGCGGGCCCCUGGCGGGGGCUCAGCCGGCCAGCCCGAGUCCCCCAGGCCGCGAGGGGACCGCGCCGGGGCUCCCGGGCCGCGCGCCACCGCCACCGCCGCCGCCGCCGCCUCCUCCACCUCCACCUCCUCCUCCUCGGAGCUGAGCAGCGGCGGCGGCUGCGGAAGGGACCCGGGCUGCGUGGACGCGAGCGCCCAGGAGCCGCGAGCCAUCGGGCCCGCGGGCAGCGCGGGGCAGCGCGGACUGCCACUCACCGGGCCCCUGGACCCCCAGAGUUUGGAACUGCAGCUGGAGCGCGAGGCGGAGGGAGCCGGGCCACGGGAGGCCACCCCGGGUCGGCCGCCCCCCGACGGGCUGCUCCUGGACGUGCUGGCCCAGCGACACCCGCCCCCCGCCAAGCCGCAAGUCUUCUGCUCCGUGUACUGCGUGGAGAGCGACCUGCCCGAGGCCCCCACCGCCGAGUCAUUGUCGCCGCCAGAGUCCCCACCUCGAGCACCGCUGCCGCCGCCGCCGCCGGGGCCGAUUCCCGCCAGCCCGCCGCCCUCCUUCCCCAGCUCUCCGUUGUCGCUCCCGGCUGACCCCCUCUCCCCCGACGGCGGCAGCAUCGAGCUGGAGUUCUACCUGGCUCCGGAGCCCUUCUCCGUGCCUGGCCUAUUAGGAGCUCCACCCUACUCUGGCCUGGGUGGGGUAGGGGACCCCUACGCGCCCCUCAUGGUGCUGAUGUGCCGGGUGUGCCUGGAAGACAAGCCCAUCCAGCCCCUGCCCUGCUGCAAGAAGGCGGUGUGCGAGGAGUGCCUCAAAAUCUACCUGAGCUCCCAGGUACAGCUCGGCCAAGUAGAAAUCAAAUGCCCGAUCACAGAGUGUUUCGAGUUCCUGGAGGAAACUACUGUUGUCUACAACCUGACUCACGAAGACUCCAUCAAGUAUAAGUACUUCUCAGAACUUGGCCGAAUUGACGCCAGCACCAAGCCGUGUCCUCAGUGCAAACACUUCACCACCUUCAAGAAGAAAGGACAUAUCCCCACUCCUUCCAGAUCAGAAAGCAGAUACAAAAUCCAGUGUCCCACUUGCCAAUUCAUCUGGUGUUUUAAGUGCCACGCUCCUUGGCAUGAAGGUGUUAACUGCAAGGAGUACAAAAAAGGAGACAAGUUAUUGCGUCACUGGGCCAGCGAAAUUGAGCAUGGGCAGAGAAAUGCCCAGAAGUGUCCAAAGUGCAAGAUCCAUAUCCAGAGGACGGAAGGAUGUGACCAUAUGACUUGCUCACAGUGUAACACUAAUUUUUGUUAUCGAUGUGGAGAGAGAUACCGCCAGCUCCGGUUUUUUGGAGACCACACAUCAAACCUCAGUAUAUUUGGAUGCAAAUAUCGCUACCUCCCAGAGAGACCUCAUUUAAGAAGAUUGGUUCGAGGGUCAGUCUGUGCUGGAAAGCUCUUCAUUGCGCCUCUCAUCCUGGUUUUGGGAUUGGCACUAGGGGCCAUAGCAGUUGUAAUCGGUUUAUUUGUAUUUCCUAUAUAUUGCCUUUGUAAAAAACAGAGAAAGCGAUCACGGACAGGUAUGCACUGGUAAUCCACAGAGGAUUUCACAUGACAUCAGCCGGUACCCGGGGGAGGUGCAGGAUGGUACACUGUCUGUGAGUCGGAUCCUGAGAAGCACCUAGAGGAACUUCUGCCAUCUUGUCUCCUGUGGUUCUCUGCAGGCCACAGUGCCUCCAGCUACGGUGCGCUCCCAACAUGGUAUCCUGUCCUUUCCCUAAACAAAUUGCUGCUUUAAAAAAAAAAAAAAAACAAAAACGGUCACUUUCGUUAAUUAUAGACAUUUAUAUAGUAACUCUGACCUUUGUGGUUCUUGGAAGAAGAGAUUUUGAGAACAGGGUAUCCUCAGAUGUGUUUUGAGGGCACCUCACAGGAGUAUUUCUUGGACUGUCUGAACCCUGUGCUUCGCUCCUGGCUGGCUGUGAGACUUGGUGAGCAUAGCUGAAGUUCUGUCUGCACCCACAAACAAAGCCACUUUGCAGAAGAUAAAGUUCACCAAAUGCACCUGUUGUCAUCUGUAGCCCAAGUGGUACCAUUCUUUUGUUCUUUUGGAUACUGUAAUUGCUUUAAAAAAAAAAAUCUCAGUACCCAGAAGGGAAUUAAUGAAACUAAAUUAACGAGAACCAUGAGUUCCUGGUGCGGAUGUCUAAGGAUGUGAAUGUGUGUAUAUAAACGCGUAUUAAACCAGGCUCCAUAACCAUGUGCUUGUCCAUUUCCAUGUCUAUUUUCGUAGAACCAUUCAGCCAUGAUGGUUCCUUUCGGGGGCCUAACUUGGUAAUGUACUGAAUUAAAGCCAAUGUCAACAACAGGUUGUUUC